GAGUGUUUUACGCAUCAGUUUUAGUUACGUUCUGUUUUGCAAAAAUGAAACUGGUCUUUGUAUUUGCUUGCUUCGCAAUUGCUUGUAAUGGCUUUGUGCUACAGGCGCGUCGUGAUUACCACAAACAAAGACGUGGAGAUGUCCGUUCAAAUACCAAUUUUGAAUAUAUUAUAAACAUGUUGAAUGAGACCAUUGCUCAGCUCAAACACUACGAUCCACUUGAUGUCGAAAGCCGCACCUUCAAAAUUGCCUCAUACGAUUUGACAUUUAGGAAUGUGCACCUUGAAGGCUUUUCAGGCAUUAAGCAUGAUAUUUCCAGCGUCGUGAACGGGGAAUCGGGUACAUUACAAAUUAAAUUAAAUUUGCCGGGGGCGUCGGGUAGCACCAAAUCAUGGACAUUAAACGCACCCCUCAUCUUUGGAGAAGGUGACGCAAGUUUCAGUGUACAAAACGCAAAGCUCUCUAUUUCACUUCCCUAUAGCAAAACGGGUGGUUUCGGAAAAGCAAAGGUUCAUACGUCCAUGGGAAAGGCGAAAGUUUCACUUACCGGAGUUAAUAACGAUGAGAUUCUAAGUAAAAAAAUUACUAACUUCAUGAACUUUUUGUUGAAUGACGGAUUCAACCACUCGUUAUUUCAGGACAUUUUGGGAAAAUUAGUGGAUCAGUUUCUUAGUAAAUUUCAAGAAUUCAUCAACUCUAUGUAAUAUAAUCUUGCACUAUAAGAUUAAAUAAAGGUUAUAAAUUGUGAAAUUUUUUCCGUAAAUAAAAAACUGAAAACCUUU